UCACUCAUUUAUGCAAUUAUAUUUUCACUCAUUUAUUUACUUAGGUUUUCACCCCUUUAUGCAAUUAGGUUUUCACCCCUUUAUGCAAUUAGGUUUUCACCUAUUUAUGCAAUUAGGUUUUCACCCCUUUAUGCAAUUAGGUUUUCACCUAUUUAUGCAAUUAGGUUUUCACCCCUUUAUGCAAUUAGGUUUUCACCCAUUUAUGCAAUUAGGUUUUCACCCAUUUAUUUACUUAGGUUUUCACCCCUUUAUGCAAUUAGGUUUUCACCCAUUUAUGCAAUUAGGUUUUCACCCCUUUAUGCAAUUAGGUUUUCACCCCUUUAUGCAAUUAGGUUUUCACCCAUUUAUGCAAUUAGGUUUUCACCCAUUUAUGCAAUUAGGUUUUCACCCCUUUAUGCAAUUAGAUUUUCACCCAUUUAUGCAAAUAAACUUUCACCCAUUAAUGCAAUUAGGUUUUCACCCAUUUAUGCAAUAAGAUUUUCACCCCUUUAUGCAAUUAGGUUUUCACCCAUUUAUGCAAUUAGGUUUUCACCCAUUUAUGCAAUUAGGUUUUCACCCAUUUAUUUACUUAGGUUUUCACCCCUUUAUGCAAUUAGGUUUUCACCCAUCUAUUUACUUAGGUUUUCACCCCUUUAUGCAAUUAGGUUUUCACCCAUUUAUGCAAUUAGGUUUUCACCCCUUUAUGCAAUUAGGUUUUCACCCCUUUAUGCAAUUAGGUUUUCACCCAUUUAUGCAAUUAGGUUUUCACCCAUUUAUGCAAUUAGGUUUUCACCCCUUUAUGCAAUUAGAUUUUCACCCAUUUAUGCAAAUAAACUUUCACCCAUUAAUGCAAUUAGGUUUUCACCCAUUUAUGCAAUAAGAUUUUCACCCCUUUAUGCAAUUAGGUUUUCACCCAUUUAUGCAAUUAGGUUUUCACCCAUUUAUGCAAUUAGGUUUUCACCCAUUUAUGCAAUUAGGUUUUCACCCAUUUAUGCAAUUAGGUUUUCUCCCAUUUAUGCAAUAAGAUUUUCACCCAUUUAUGCAAGAAAACACCCCGUUUAUGCAAUUAGCAAAAGAUCUCUUUAA